GAAUGAGUAACAGAGCAUUACUUAUGCUUUCUAGUUUUAUUGAAGCAAACGGCCUAGGAAGGCCUGAUUUAUGGGGAAAAGCAAUUCUUUCGCUUCAGGCCAUUCAUUUAUUAAUAAAUACCUAUUUGGAAACAAAAUUUCUUUGGCCAAUAAUUUCUUCAAUUUUCUCAUCACAACCCUAUUCCUCCUCUAAUAAUAAUAAUUUAUUAUUUCCCCAAUUUCCAACUUUUCUAUCAAUUUCCCUUUCAAUUUAUUUUAUUCUUUUACAAAUUAUUGCAAUGAUUUUAUUAUUAAUUCAAUUAUUUAAAUCAACUGUUUUACUUCCACUUAUUAUUAUUCAUUUAUUAUUAAUUUGUUCUAUAAUGUUUCAACUUUUACAACUUUUAACUGAAGGACAUCCAACAACUGAAUUAUUUGUUUGGUUUUGGUUGGUUAUUCCAUUUUUUGUUAAAUCUGUCUUUGAUUAA